AUGGCCAAGCAUACCACCAAAAGGAAUAGGUGCACAAGAGACAAAGCAAAACAAAUCGUCAAACAAAAAUCCAAUUCCAGCACCUAUGUGGGCUGUCGAAAUUAUUCACGCUACAUAAACAGGGUCCUCAAAGAAGUGAUCCCCCAGAAUGGCAUAUCAUCGCACACUGUGGAUAUUCUGAACACCUUGAUCAACAAUAUCUUUGAGUACAUUUCUACGGAAGCCUGCAACCUGAUGUUUCACAGAGAUCGUUGUACGCUCACCCCUGAAGAUGUCCAAAAAGCAGUAUAUUUGCUGUUGCCUGGGAAACUAGCUAAGUAUGCAGUGACUUUUGGAAGUGAUGCUGUCUACAGAUAUAUCCACUCCUAG